AAAUUUCAUUGUCGGUUUGGUUUGGAGAUAAUAUCCAACAUUGUUUAUAUAUUAGGCCUCUCAAAUUAGUAGUAUACUCACAUUAUUACAUGCACAAAACCAAAGAAGCUUAAUAGCUUCUCUUUUGAGUUCCAAGUGAUCUGGUUUAGGAAGUGUAAUGCAGAUUUUCACUCUGCGCCAAAGAGCACUUUUGUGCUCUUGGCUGUUUGUUGUCUUUUUGGUACUAGGUUUUUGCUAUGGUGGAGACCAUAGUACAGUUGAGGUAGUUGGGCUUGGAGAAUGCGCAGAUUGCAUUCAGAACAAUAUUAAGACUAGCCAGGCUUUCUCAGGGUUACAUGUAACAAUUGACUGCAAAGAAGCAAAUGGACAUUUUAAAACAAGAGGGGCAGGUGAGCUUGAUAAAAAUGGAAAUUUCAAAGUAUCUCUUCCUCAAGAAAUUGUAAAUGAAGGUGAAUUGAAAGAAGAAUGUUAUGCUCAGCUGCAUAGUGCAACAGCUGCACCUUGUCCUGCUCAUGAUGGCCUGCAAAACACCAAAAUUGUCAUCAAGUCAAAAUCUGAUGACAAACACACCCUAAGUACUGCUGCUGCUGGUAAACUCAAAUUUUCAUCAGCAACAUGUACCUCCAAAUUCUUUUGGCCUCUCUUCAAACAUCCUCUUUUUCCUAAGCUUCCUCAUCCUGAUUUACCUCAAUUUCCCCCUAAAGUUUUUCCAACAUUUCCACCAAAGAUUUUCCAUAAACACCCUCUUUUUCCUCCUGUUCCUAUCUACAAGAAACCUCCAUUUUCUCAUAUUCCUAUUUACAAACCUCCCUUUCCUCAUAUUCCUAUCUACAAGAAACCUUGUCCUCCACCUGUGCCUAUCUAUGAAAAACCUAUCCCUCCUCCUACACCUGUUUAUGAGAAACCUCUUCCUCCACCUACACCUGUCUACGAGAAACCUCUUCCUCCGCCUGUGCCUGUUUACCAUAAACCUCUCCCUCCACCUACACCUGUGUAUGAGAAACCUCUUCCUCCACCUGUGCCUGUUUAUCAUAAACCUCUCCCUCCACCUACGCCUGUAUAUCAUAAACCUCUUCCUCCUCCUGUUCCAGUCAAGAAACCAUGUCCACCACCAAAGGUUGAACAUCCAGUUCUACCACCUGCUCCAGUAUACAAACCUCCUCCAGUUCCAAAGCCACAACCACCACCGGUUCCGGUCAAGAAACCAUGUCCACCACCAAAGGUUGAACAUCCAGUUUUACCACCUGUUCCAGUAUACAAACCUCCACCGGUUCCAAAGGCACUUCCACCACCAGUCCCGAUCAAGAAACCAUGUCCACCAAAGAUUGAGCACCCAGUUCUACCACCUGUUCCAAUAUAUAAGCCUCCAGUAGUAAUUCCAAAGCCACCCGUUGUUCCAAUAUACAAACCACCAGUUAUUCUUCCUCCAUUCAAGAAACCACCAUGUCCACCUCUUCCAACGCUCCCUCCAUUGCCUCCAAAGAGCUUUUUCCAUCACCCCAAGUUCGGAAAAUUGCCUCCAAAGAGCUUUUUCCAUCACCCUAAGUAUGGAAAAUGGCCUCCAUUGCCUCCAAAGAGCUUCUUCCACCACCCCAAGUAUUUUGGAAAAUGGCCACCAAUCCCUCAUAAGAGCUUCUUCCAUCACCCAAAGUUUGGAAAGUGGCCACCAAUUAAUCCAAAAAGCCUCUUCCAUCACCCCAAGUUUGGAUCAUGGCCUCCACUAAGUCCUCAUAAUUAGGUGGCUCUUUUGGUUUACAAAAUAUUCAUUGUUCUUUGUCUUUUCGUUUCUUUAAUUCACAAUCAAGUUACCAUCAGUUUGCAAAUAAAGCCUUCAAGGGAUAGAGCAUGUGAACACUGAACAGAAGAGCAUCAAGGGAUAAUGGAGAAAACAAAAAUAGCAUGAUGUUUGAAGAAGUUUGAUGAAUCUGAGUGUAAUCAUUUGUUGUUCUUGUGUGAAGAUCACUGGAAGUAUUUUUUAAAAGUUACUUUCAUGUGUAUAUAAAUGUGUUAUUUGUGAUAGUUUUUCUCACUUUCUGUGGUUAAUAAAUCCAUUUGUAUCGUUAAUUAUUGCAACCAAAAAGUUGUAUUCUGCACACUUUGAUCUAAAGCCUAAGCCUUUUUGCCAGUA